UCGGAAUAUGCUGAGAAUGGUUCGUUAUAUGAUUAUAUACAUAAUAAGUGGCCGAAACACACUCAUGUGAACGUUUGACCGGUUUUAUGUAUCAGUGUGCAAAGGGCCUAGCCUAUUUGCAUGGAAGGCAACCACAAAUUAUGCACGGCGAUGUCAAGACGACCAAUUUAGUUAUAAGCAACUCUAAAUUACUAAAGAUUUGCGAUUUUGGUGAUAUUAAGGCAGCAGCAAGCAAUAACUGGUUAAAAGGCACAGACGAAUAUAGAGCACCAGAAAUUUAUAAAUCUCCCGAUUUUUACGACGAAAAGUGCGAUGCUUACAGCUUUGGAAUUGUGCUUUGGGAGGUGAUGGCUCAAAAAAUACCAUUUGAAAACUGGGACACUCAUAAAAUAAGGGCCGAAGUUUCUAAUAAUAAUGUUCGUCCAGAUAUUAAUGCAGUCAAAAAGUCUGAAAUAUCCGAAGAUAUUAAAAUAUUGAUAAAGUUAUGUUGGCAUGUGGACCCCAAGGGACGGCCCUCGAUGAAAUCAAUGGAAGGUAUGCUCUUUAUGAGCUUAUCCAUUCGCCUGAAAGGUACGGCACCAGGCAUGUAUUCCAUUGUAGAUCCAACUGAGAUUAAGUUGCUAAAAAAACUCGGACAGGGCUCAUAUGGAGAAGUCUUUAAAGCGUCUUGGUCACCGCGGAGUUUAUCGAUGACGUAUGCCGUCAAACGUAUCAGUUAUGUUGACGAGAAAUGUAAGCAGGACGUAGAAAAAGAAGCUCUACUCUUAACAAGUGUUAGCCAUGAUAAUAUUAUAAAAUUAUAUGGCAUUAGCCAUGACACUAGCCCACUGGGGAAUAGAAUCCUUCUAUUAAUGGAAUACGCUGAAAAUGGUUCGUUAGAGGCUUAUAUACACAGUGGCCGGAAUUUCGCAUAUGAUGAUUUGCUCAAUUUAAUGCGUCAGUGUGUAAAAGCCUUAGCUUAUUUGCAUGGAUGUGAACCAAAAAUUAUGCACCGGGAUGUCAAGACUGCGAAUAUGGUACUCACCAGUGACUAUCGUAAAUUAAAGAUUUGUGAUUUCGGUUUGGUUAAGUCAGUAGCUACAAAAAAUACUGAACAAAUUGGUUCAAUACCAUAUAGGGCACCAGAAAUAUAUAAUACCAAUAAAUACGACGAAAAGUGCGAUGUCUACAGCUUUGGUAUUGUGCUCUGGGAAGUGAUGUCUCAGAGACAGCCUUUUGAAAACUGCGAAAUAGCAAAUAUAAUGUACCAAGUUCUUCUAGACAAAAAGCGACCAGAUAUUAAUGCAGUCAACGGCCACCAAAUGUCUAAUCAUAUUAAAUUAAUUAUAACGAAAUGUUGGGAAGAGGACCCCAAGGCACGGCCCUCAAUGAAAGACCUGGAAUCAAUCCUUCAAUUCUUAUGCUGAACAACGGCGUAAAAAAUGAAAGCGAUCCGUGACGCGUAAGCUGUUUGUGUGAUGUCUCUGUGAUGUCUCUUAUUAACAAAAUAAACUUAAAGACGUUAUAUUCAUUUCAAGCUUAUUUAAAUGAUACACAACAAUUUCUGAAACGAAAACAGAAAGUGCAAUAAAAUUGCUAAAUUAAGCCAAGACAAACACCUUAUGGAGGCAGUGUCCGUGCUUAGCAAAGACUUUCACCGGGGAAGAGCUGAGGAAAAAACCAACUCUUAGCAACUAAAAAAAACU